GUCACAUUACCUGUCCCAACGGCCAAAUUAAACAUAACUGGACUGAGAUACAACUAUUGGCAGCACACAUCACAAGAAGCGAAGAGAUUAAUUCCUGGGCAGCAAAACUGUCAUUCUGGGACCUCCGGAAGCGGUGCAUGUUUUGUCAGAAAACGAGAGAUCACUUUUGCUCUUAAAGCUCAGCCAACCAACUGUACGGAUCCGGGUAUUUGCCAUCCAUUUCUAUCUCAAGUCUUUGUGGUCUGUUUCUCAGAACUUCACAUUGCUUCCCCUCGAGGCUCUAAGGCAUAUCCCUCUUCUCACUCUAAGGCUAUGGAUAAUAGGGUGAUAAAGCAUGCAUUGAAUGGUACUACUGCUUCCAACUUUGAUCCAGUGCUAAAAGACAUUACCCAAAAUCUACUGGAGGAGGAGGAGGAGAGCAUUACUCUUAAAGCUCCUCAGAAUUCAUAUUACGAAGCAUUGCAAUAUAAUCCUUCCUCACUGUUUUACAACCAUGCUGGAAGAAGCUACUGUGAUGAUAAUGUUGAUGGUAUUGUUGAUCCUGGAGAAUCGGAAUCAUCAUGUGUGGUAUCUAACACAAAUUUAGCAAUAUCCAAUAUGACAGAGGUUAUGGAUAAUAGGGUGAGAAAGCACGCCUUGAAUGGUAUUACUGCUUCCAACUUUGAUCCAGUGCAAAAAGACAUUACCCAAAUUCUACUCGAGGAGGAGGAGGAGGAGGAGAGCAUUGAUGGGCCCUUUGGUCUCAUUGCUCUUAGAGCUGCGCAAAAUUCAUAUUACGAAGCAUUGCAUGAUAAUCCUUCAUCACUGUUUUACAACCAUGCUGGAAGAAGCUACUGUGAUGAUAAUGUUGAUGGUAUUGUUGAUCGUGGAGAAUCAGAAUCAUCAUGUGUGGCAUCUAACACAAAUUUAGCAAUAUCCAAUACGACGGAGGUUAUGUAUAAUGGGGUGAGAAACAAUGCCCCGGACUGUACUGCUACUUCGGACGCUGAUCCCGUGCUGAAAUACAUUACCCAGAUUCUAUUGGAGGAGCAGGAGGAGAGCAUUGAUGAGCCCUUUGAUCUCAUUGCUCUUAAAGCUGCUGAGAAUUCUUAUUAUGAAGCAUUGCAUGAGAAUCCUUCCUCACUAUUUGAUAGCAGUGCUGGAAGAAGCUCCUGGCAUGAUAACGUUGAUGGUAUUGUUGAUCCCGGAGACUCGGAAUCACCAUGUGUGACAAGCGAGCGUCCUCCCAAUCUCGCCAUCCAGUUAACAUCAUCAUCAUCAUAUAAUUAUGACUUAAAUGGUUCUUCUUCAUACAACUUUGACAAUGCAAUGAUGUCUUUCCUAAGAGCUAGUUCGGCGGUUCGAAAUGUAUUUGGCGGGAAUGAUGAUACUGAGUCCAAAUUGGAACUCCAGAGAUGCAUGGAAGAAGCUAGUAGGUUCCUUCCCGGUCACAAUAAGUUGGUAAUGGAUGAUUUAGAGGCUACCAAAGAUGUCAUUGUCAUUGAUACAGAGAAAGACCAUUCGCAUAGAGGAAAGAGGCAUUAUUACCUUCCACAAGAAAGUGGGCUAGAAGAAGAGAGGGGAAGCAAACAGUCUGCCGUAUAUGAGGAGGUUGAUUUAUCACAAAUGUUUGAUAAGGUUUUACUGUGUAGUGAUGAUAAAGGUUAUUCAUUUGGAGUUGGGGAGAAAGGGCGAAGAGGUCGUCGCCAUUCAAAGAAACGGGAAGAUAAUUGUGACAUUGUAGAUGUGCUGUCUCUUCUAACUAGUUGCGCACAAUCUGUUCAUGAUGGUGAUUAUAAGGGUGCACAAGCUCAAUUAAAGGAGAUCAGGCAACACUCUUCGCCGGUGGGCAAUUCCAAUCAAAGGUUGGCUCAUUUAAUUGCAAAUAGUCUCGAGGCGAGGUUGGCUGGAACUGGGACACAACUAUGUAAAGCAAUAUCUCCUAAAACCAUUGUAGCUUCUGAGUUUCCGAAAUCGUACUUGACAUCCUGGCCAAUCAUGAGAAUAUCAACUUUCUUUUCGAAUCAAAUGAUUUUUGAGGCAGCUUCAAGAGGCUCAUCCCUGCACAUUAUAGAUUUUGGUAUUCUUUAUGGGAUCCAGUGGCCGACUCUUAUUCGGGAUCUUUCACAAAGGCUCGGCGGCCCUCCAAGACUUCGAAUAACAGGGAUUGAGCUCCCCCAACCUGGUUUCCGCCCUUCACAAAUGCUAGUGGAGACAGGUGUUCGCUUGUCAAGAUAUUGUAAGCGUUACGGUGUACCAUUCGAGUUCAAUGCCUUAACAUCACAACACUGGGAGGCAAUUAAGAUUGAUGACUUGAAGCUUGUGAGUGGUGGUGAGGUGAUUGCUAUUAACAGUAACUUUCGAUUUGAUUACCUAUUGGACGAGACUUUAGUUGCUGGGUACAACCCUAAAGAUGAAGUUUUAAACUUAAUUCGGGAAGUGAAUCCGGAUAUAUAUGUGCAAACAGUGCAUAGUGGAUCUCACAGCUCUCCUUUCUUUCUCCCUCGCUUUCGAGAAACUCUCUUCUUCUACUCUGCUAUCUUUGAUAUGUGUGACUCUACUUUACCCAACCGCCAUCAUCCUCAGAGAUUGAGUUUCGAACAAGAGUUUCUUGGACGUGAAACAAUGAAUAUCAUUGGAUGUGAGGGCAUUGAAAGAUUGCAUAGGCCUGAAACGUAUAAGCAAUGGGAAUCACGCAUGUUGAGGGCAGGGUUAAAGCCUUUGCCCUUAAACUCUCAACUUGUCAACAAGUUAUUGAGAAAGGCUCGAGCAUCAUAUCACAAAGACUUUCUCUUUAUUGAAGACGGCCUUUGGGUACUACAGGGGUGGAAAGGUCGGGUUCUUGGCGGUAGCUCUUGCUGGGUGGCUACAUGAUAGAGUCACAACCCCUCAUAGUACGGUAACUUAAGCAGCUUGAAAACUUGCCCACCUUACAUUUCGUACAUUUCCCACAUUUGAAAGCUUGCGGAGAACAUCAUAUUUCAGCUUCUAGACAUUUUAUGUAAUUUCAAGAAGAAUUCAAGGGUACUUCUGUGCCUCGGUUAAUUAGAGCAUUCCGAAUGCAACUCUUUCUAGUCUAAAUAAAUUAUGCC